AUGGCAGACGAAUAUGACGAAGAAUUUGGAGAGGUGCAAAAUUUAAAAAAAUAGGUAGCUUGGAUUAGUGAUUGGUGAUUUUAACAUCCCAUCAAGGGCUUCCGAGUUACCUCCUUAAUUUAAGGAUCUUUUAGUUCCCAAUAAAGUUCAAUAUGUAUUUUGCACAGGAAAUGUUGGGAAUAGAGAAACUACAGAUUGGCUAAAAACAUUAUCUGGAAAUACCCAUUUAGUAAAAGGUGAUUUUGAUGAAUCAAAAGAUAUUCCUGAAACAAAAAUCAUAUAGAUUGGUUCAUGGAAGUUAGCUUUAGUUCAUGGUCAUCAAGUAAAACUAAAAUAUUCAUCGAUUAGAUUGUCCCUGCUGGAGAUAAUGAGUCAUUAUAUACAUUUUUAAAAGAGAUGGAAGCAGAUGUGCUUAUUACAGGAUAUACUGGUGUUGCUAAGGUUUCAACUGUAGAGAAAAAGUAUAUUCUUAAUCCUGGAUCUGUUACAGGAGGUUUUAAUGGAUAAUAAAAGUAUAAUAAAGUCAUUAUAUAGAUCAAUUCCAUCAUUUUUAAUUUUAGAAUUUAAAAAGGAAAAAAUUUAAGUUUUUAUAUACACUCUAGAUGGAGAUGUAAAAAUAGAUAAGUAAGAAUUAUUAUUAUAGAAAUGA